AUGAAGCGCCUCCAAAAUCCCUGCCCCCGCCACAGCCGUGUCGCGAUCAACAGGGAAGAAUACAUAGAAAUAGCCACCCAGGAAGCACGGAGCCUCGAGCGGCAGCAGGUGGUGGGAGAGGAGGAGGUGGAGGAGGAGGAGGAGGAGGAGGAGGAGGAGGAGGAGGAGGAGGAGGAGGAGGAGGAGGAGGAGGAGGAGGAGGAGGAGGAGGAGGAGGAGGAGGAGGAGGAGGAGGAGGAGGAGGAGGAGAAGGAGGAGGAGGAGGAGGAGGAGGAGGAGGAGGAGGAGGAGGAGGAGGAGGAGGAGGAGGAGGAGGAGGAGGAGGAGGAGGAGGAGGAGGAGGAGGAGGAGGAGGAGAGUGCUGGAGGAACCGGGCAGGGGAAUGAGUUCUGCAGGAAUGUUUAUUUUGAGGCGCCUCAAAAUAAACCUCAAUGCAGCCAACGUCGUCGCCGUGACCUGAGCACGGCUCUUCUCCUCCUCUCGCUCGUCCUGCUUUCCUCUCUCCACGCGGCGAUGGCCUUCCGCUUUUCCGCGGGGCUCCGCGCGGACAAGCUGCGCGGGAUGAUGCGCGGAUGGGCGCAAGGCGGACGCUCGACAGGCCAGCAGCAACAACGGAGCAGUGGAACGAGCGGAGGCGGAAUGGGCGGAGGCGGAAUGGGCGGCGGCGGCAUGGGUGGCGGCGGGGGAAUGGGCAGCGGCGGAAUGGGUGGCGGCGGAAUGGGCGUAAGCGGAAUGGGCGGCGGCGGCAUGGGUGGCGGCGGAAUGGGCGGAGGAGGAAUGGGCGGCGGCGGAAUGGGAGCCGGCGGCGGCAUGGGUGGCGGCGGAUUGGGCGGCGGCGGAAUGAGCGGCGGCGGAAUGGGCGGAGGCGGAAUGGGCGGCGGCGGCAUGGGUGGCGGCGAAAUGGGUGGCGGCGGAAUGGGCGCUAGCGGCGGCAUGGGAGGCGACGGAAUGGGCGGCGGAGGAAUGGGCGGCGGCGGAAUGGGCGGAGGCGUAAUGGGCGGCGGCGGCGGCAUGGGUGGCGACGGAAUGGGCGGCGGAGGAAUGGGCGGCGGCGGAAUGGGCACCGGCGGUGGCAUGGGUGGCGGCGGACUGGGCAGCGGCGGAAUGGGCGGCGGCGGAAUGGGCGGCGGUGGAAUGGGCGGCGGUGGAAUGGGCGGCGGCGGAAUGGGCGGCGGCGGAAUGGGCGGCGGUGGAAUGGGCGGCGGUGGAAUGGGCGGCGGCGGAAUGGGCGGCGGCGGAAUGGGCGGCGGCAUGGGCGGACCUGGGUCCUCUGCUCCCGGAUCGCGAUCAGUCAUGGGUCCUGGGGGGAACAUGGGUGGCGGCGGAUUGGGCGGAGGCGGAAUGGGCGGAGGCAGAAUGGGCGGCGGCGAAAUGGGCGGAGGCAGAAUGGGCGGCGGCGAAAUGGGCGGCGGCAUGGGUGGCGGCGGCAUGGAAUGGGCGUCGGCGAAAUGGGCGGCGGCAGCAUGGGUGGCGGCGGCAUGGGCGGCGGCGGAAUGUGGUGGUGGCGGAAUGGGCGGCGGAGGAAUGGGAGGCAUGGGCGGACCUGGUUCCUCUGCUCCCGGAUCACAACCAGCCAUGGGUCCUGGGGAGAACAUGGGCGGAGGCAUGGGCCGCGGGGGAGGAAUGGGCGGCGGCGGUAUGGGUGGCGGAGGCAUGGGCGGCGGAGGCAUGGGCGGAGGAGGCAUGGGCGGCGGAGGCAUGGGCGGUGGAGGCAUGGGCGGAGGAGGCAUGGGCGGAGGAGGCAUGGGCGGCGGAGGCAUGGGCGGCGGAGGGAUGGGCGGCGGAGGCAUGGGCGGGUCAGGGUGGGUAGCUCCAGGGUCGCAGGCAGCACCCGGCCAGGGUGGACCUGGGAUGGGCGGAGGGAUGGGUGGGCCUGGGGGGAGCAACAUGGGAGGUGGUAUGGGCGGACCAGGGUCGUAUUCUCCUUGA